GCUGUAGUGGUAUACCUCUUGCUUCGGCUGUUUUUCGCACCUGCUCAACUGGUUUAAUUAUCAGCUCACACAUAAGAAUUCCAGUAUUCAGAGAUGGAUCAAAUUCAGAAUAUUUUGCAAAACCAGAUAUUAAAGGCUGCUGAAGAAAAAAUCGAUGCUGAAAUUGACAAAUUGGACAAUUUGACCGAAGAUGACUUGGAAGAUAUUCGACGAAAAAGAGUGCAAGAAAUGAAGUUGAGACAACAACAAAUGCAGCAGUGGAAAAUUAAUGGCCAUGGAGAGUAUACAGAGAUAGCUGAAGAAAAGGAGUUCUUUGAGGUUGCCAAAAAGUCCCCAAACUUUGUGUGUCACUUUUACAGAGAUGACUUUUUUCGAUGCAAAGUUAUAGACAAACAUCUCACUAUUUUGGCUAGAAAGCACAUGGAGACUAAAUUCUGUAAAAUCAAUGCUGAAAAGUGUCCUUUCUUGACAGAGAGGCUUAGGAUUAAAACUUUGCCAACACUGGCAUUGGUAAAGGAUGCAAAAACUAAAGAUUAUGUGGUGGGUUUUUCCGAUUUGGGUAAUACGGAUGAUUUCAGUACUGACGUGUUAGAAUGGAGGAUAGCUCAUGCUGCGGUUAUUGAAUAUUCUGGUGAUCUUUUGGUUCCACCUGGUCAAGCUUCUAAAUCUAAAUUUAAGAUUAAAAACAAAAAAGCAAUACGGGAAAAUGAAGACGAAGAUUCUGAUUGAGCAAUCACGAAGCAUUCCGCAUAUGCUAUAUUUCAUACUCAUUUUGCAUCUAAUAAAUUUCAGCUUCAUUUUA